AUGCGCCUUGGGGUUUUUACUCCGGUAUUUCUCGCUCAGAGCUUGGCAUAUGCUGCGACUUUGCAUGUCUCGAGCACGGUGACUCUGGGGCAAGACCCGCCGUCGGUGAACCACUUGAAUGGAGAGUCGUUUCAGCAGGAUCCCCUCGUAACGUUCAACGGAUACCAAUAUGCUGCAUUCUACGUGCCGGAUGCCUCGAACACGUCGAUCAGACACCCCAGUCUGUCUAGGAGGGCACUCGCAGGUGCAGCGAAGAAUUGGGAGACAUUCUCCUUCACGGAAUACAACCAGACGGAUGACGACGGCCACAAUGUCAUCUCCAUCGGCAUCUCUCAUGGAGAUGGCACCGUCCACAUGGGCUUCGACCAGCACGACAACAACCUCACGUAUCGCGCGUCGCAGCCUGGGGUAGCCACCAACCCCGCGGAGAUUCAGUGGUCAGCAGAACUUUUCGGACCCGUCCUUGACUACCUCCCGGGCACGGAGUCGCUCGACAAAUCCACGUAUUUCAUCAACGUUACCUACCCGCGCUUCCUAUCUGUGCCAAGCUCGGCUCAGACCGAUGGUGGUGCAGACCUCAUCAUGGAGCUACGGGUCGGUCGAUCGGGACUAGGGGACGACUGGCUAUACAAAUACACGCCAAACAAGGGCUGGGCGCAGAUCGGGAGGUAUUUACUGGGAGUCAACAACAACGCAUACAUCAACGGUCUCGACUUUGACUUGGAGGGCACUUUGAUGACGACAUGGACGUACAGAGACUAUGUCAACGAUGUGGGUCAAGACGUCGCUGUUCAGGCAGGCCCGAACGGACCUGAGAAUAACCAUGACCUCAACUUCGCAUACAGCGAAGAUCUCGGCGAAACAUGGCUCAACAACUGGAAGCAGACGAUUGCGAAUAUGUCUGUGCAGGAACCGAUCAAGCCCGUUUCUGCUGGCAUCGUGAUGUUCGGCAUCCCCAAGUACGGCGGCAUCUUGAACCAGGAGGGACAAGCGAUCGACAGCGAGGGCCGGAUGCACGUCCUCAACCGCGAGAACACUACUGGCACUGAACAAUGGUACCACUAUUGGCGCAGUACGACAUCGCACUGGACGCGCACCCCCCUUCCACUCCCUCCCACGCUGCAGACGACGAACAACAUCACCGCGACGCCGACAGUCAUCGGCAAGCGCGGCAAGGUAGUCCCGGUCCCGGCAUCGUCGUUCUCCGGGCCUGCGUCGAUCCUGCUCCUCCUGCCCUCGAACGCGCCGAACUCGACGGCGCUGAGCAUCCUCCGCAGCACCGCGGCGGGACACUUCCGCGACUGGGAGGCGGUCUGGGAGGCGGAGAGUGGAUGCGGGUGGGAGCCGCUCUAUGACCGGUACCGGCUUGCGGAAGACGGAGUGCUGAGCAUGUUCCUGGUGAACGGGACGGAGGUGCAGGUCGUGGACUUUGACUUGAGCGGGCUUUGA